UUUGAAAUAAUUUGUUAUUUGACCCCUUGACUCCAUUCAGGGAGGAUGUGCUAUUAUAUAUUUUAAGAUAGGUGUAUUUUUUCAGUGAUUUAUUUUGUUUUUUUGUGAAUGAAAACUAGAACAUUUAGUGAUUGUUUUUUUACAGUGUAGUGAAUUUAUUAGUACUUAGGUAUUUUUUCAGGAGCCGCCUAAUAAGUUUCAAAAAUGAAAUCCACUAACAUGGAGUCAUGUUCGGACCGCCUGAGCCCUUCAAGCGACCUCACAAGCGAAUCUGAAACCUCCUUACCAUCAUUUACAUACGAACAGCAAAACGGCAACUUCUACCAACCAGAAAUCAGCGAAAAACAAUAUUUUUCGUGCAACAAGCAAAAGUCGCCCCGUAGCGAUGACAGAAAAGAGGUUUAUUUACAGGAAAGCAAUAAAAACUCCUUCGAAACUUACUCGUAUCUGUGUCCGCGAAGCAAGAAAUAUUUGAAUUUCGAACUCAAACUCCCGCCUAUCAAUGACCCGAAUUUUUUCUCCCAAAUUGUGAACGAAGACCGAACGCGUCCAUACUUUAAUGAAGCGACAAAAAAUUGUAUUCAGAACGAAAACAAUCCGAAUUUAGUUGAGAUAGAAAUAAAUAAUCAGUUCGAAAAUGUUAAUGAGAGAGCGAGGCAGUCGUAUUUUGCUGAUGACAAUACGAAUAUGAGGAGGUUUCUGAAUUUCAAUUCGGAACAGGUUUUGUGCGUUUGUGAGGCUUUGUUGCAAAAGGGUGACAUUGAAAAGUUGACCACUUUUUUAUGGAGGCUGCCUGAAAGUGAGCUACUUAGAGGAAAUGAAACAUUAUUGAGAGCUCGCGCGUUAGUGGCGUACCACCGCGGCAUCUAUCAAGAACUAUACGCCAUAUUGGAAACCCAUAAGUUCUCUAUGAAUCACCAUAAAGAGCUACAGAGUUUAUGGAUGGAAGCUCAUUAUAAGGAGGCUGAGAAAGUUCGGGGAAGGCCUUUAGGUGCGGUAGAUAAAUACAGACUGCGCAAGAAGUAUCCCUUACCAAAGACAAUAUGGGACGGAGAAGAGACUGUUUAUUGCUUCAAAGAGAAGAGUAGGACUGCGCUCCGAGACUGUUACUAUAGGAAUAGGUAUCCAAAUCCUGAUGAAAAACGCGCCCUCGCAAGAAAAACAGGUCUAACGCUGACACAGGUGUCUAACUGGUUCAAGAACAGAAGGCAAAGAGAUAGGACUCCACAGCAGUCGAAUAGACCGGAAAUGUUGGUGCCAGCGCAGUACGUGGGCUCCCAAAGUGGGUUAUCCCAGUCUUAUAUCCCCAACGCGUAUUUCAAAAUACAGGAUGCCUCGCAUUAUAUGCACGGAAAUGCACCUUAAAUUGUGUUGCCAUAUUCAUUACUUAUACGAGUACUACUAUAAUAGUAGUUUUUUAUUACGUGUUAAUUUUAGAGAAUUUUAAGCCAUACUAUUAUUUUUUAAGAUAUUUUUGUUAUCGCCUCUCUUAAACCACCUAUAGUUUAUAUGAUAAUAUAUUAAUUAUUAAGAAAUUUUAUAUUCAUUUAUAAUAUUUCUCUUGUGAGAAAAAAUACUUUUAUAUGUUUGGCAAAGCAGAUAUAAUUGCUUUUUAUUCUUAUGCUUUAGUAAAUUAGUUUUUACACAUUUAGGGCGAUUGGGCGAUUUGUCUGUAUUAAGAAUUUGGUCGUUUCUUAAAUUAAAAUGCGAAAAUUAGCCUUCCCAAUAUUGUGCAAAUAGUCACUUGAUCAAAGUAUUAUGACUUAGAAUUUACCAGAACAGUUACCUGCUCGUUUUGUCAUAGGAAAACUGAAACGUGUUUGAAAGCUAUUUAGCUAAUUCAAAAAUAUGUGUGUUAAGUAUAACGUGCAGUGUGCCUGUGCACUUAAAUACAUAUUACUUUUGACUAAGGUGAAAAUUGAAAAAAUGCACAUUUUAGAUUAAUUUAGAGAAAAAAUUGCAAGAGGGUCUUAAUUUUAUGUUCAAAAUGUGUUUUCAUUAUAUCAUUGUAAAUACCUACUAUUAUGGUGCUGUUAAGUUUAAAAUCCAUUGUAUUCUAGUCUACAAAUGAAUUAAAUAUUAUGAUUAGAAAUUCAAA